CUCACAGAGCUUCUGAAAGCAGCAAAAUCGAACACAUUGCGAGUGCGAGCCAUCAUCGACAGCAAUGGGGUUGGGAUCGCUUGCUUCGAGGGCCCUGAGGCCCACAGCGUCAAGGCUCCUCAGCUCUCAGAACCCCAGACCCUUCUUCUCCUUCCACAGGGCGGUCUCAACCACGCCGGAGCUCCAGAACGCCGACCAAUCAGCCGCGGCGGCCCAGCCCGACCCCCCCGCGGAUCUCCCUCCUCGAACCCCUGUGGGCGGGGCCCGUGUCCACUUCCCGAAUCCCGAAGAUGCCAUCGAGGUCUUUGUCGAUGGAUACCCCGUCAAAAUCCCCAAGGGAUUUACUGUGUUGCAGGCCUGUGAGGUCGCCGGCGUUGACAUCCCUAGAUUCUGCUACCAUAGCCGGUUGUCGAUUGCCGGUAACUGCCGUAUGUGCCUUGUUGAGGUUGAGAAGUCCCCGAAGCCCGUCGCCUCCUGUGCCAUGCCUGCCAUGCCUGGCAUGAAAAUUAAGACCGAUACACCAAUAGCAAAGAAGGCUCGAGAAGGGGUGAUGGAGUUUCUGCUGAUGAAUCAUCCCUUGGAUUGUCCAAUUUGCGAUCAGGGAGGAGAAUGUGAUCUGCAGGAUCAGUCUAUGGCAUUUGGAUCUGAUCGCGGCCGUUUUACUGAGGUGAAGAGAUCCGUAGUUGAUAAGAAUCUUGGUCCUUUGGUGAAGACUGUAAUGACUCGGUGUAUUCAAUGUACAAGGUGUGUCAGAUUUGCAACUGAGGUUGCGGGGGUUCAGGACCUUGGCAUGUUAGGUCGUGGCAGCGGAGAGGAAAUUGGGACUUACGUCGAAAAACUUAUGACAAGUGAGCUUUCCGGAAAUGUGAUAGAUAUCUGUCCAGUGGGAGCCCUAACCUCAAAACCGUUUGCAUUUAAAGCUCGAAAUUGGGAAUUAAAGGGAACAGAGACCAUUGAUGUUACUGAUGCUGUUGGAUCCAACAUUCGAAUUGAUAGCCGAGGUCCAGAGGUCUUGCGCAUUGUCCCACGAUUAAAUGAGGACAUAAAUGAAGAAUGGAUAUCAGACAAGACUCGUUUCUGUUAUGAUGGUCUGAAGAGGCAGAGGUUAAAUGACCCUAUGAUUCGUGGUGCUGAUGGGCGCUUUAAGCCUGUGAGCUGGCGGGAUGCCCUCGCUGUAGUUGCCGAGAUGGCUCAUCAAGUUAAACCAGAGGAGAUUGUUGGGGUUGCUGGCCAGCUAUCUGAUGCUGAGUCCAUGAUGGCACUGAAGGACUUCUUAAAUAAAAUGGGGUCAAACAAUGUCUGGUGUGAAGCAAAUGGUUCAAACUGUGACGCUGAUCUUCGAUCUGGAUAUAUUCUGAAUACUAGCAUCGCUGGUCUGGAGAAAGCAGAUGCUUUUCUGUUGGUUGGUACCCAGCCAAGGGUAGAAGCUGCUAUCGUAAAUGCUAGAAUCCGGAAGACUGUGCAAGCUACCCAUGCCAAGGUUGGGUAUGUUGGCCCUCCAGCUGAUUUCAACUACGAACAUGAGCAUCUUGGCACAGGCCCUCAGACACUUCAAGAAAUUGCUGAGCGUCGUCACCCAUUUUCCUCAGUCCUCGCAAAUGCCAAAAACCCUGCUAUCAUUGUCGGUGCUGGGGUCUUUGAGAGGAAAGACAAGGAUGCAAUUUUUUCUGCUGUUGAAGCCAUUGGAAAAUACGCUAAUGUUGUAAGGCCUGAUUGGAAUGGAUUCAAUGUACUGCUUCUCAAAGCCGCCCAGGCUGCAGCACUUGACCUUGGACUUGUGCCAGAAUCUGGAAACAGCAUCGAGUCUGCAAAGUUUGUUUACCUGAUGGGCGCUGAUGAUAUCAGCUUGGAGAAGGUUCCAAGUGAUGCAUUUGUGGUUUAUCAAGGGCAUCAUGGGGACCAGGGUGUGUAUCGUGCCAAUGUCAUCCUUCCUGCGGCAGCAUUCAGUGAAAAGGAAGGGACAUAUGUAAACACUGAAGGGUGCUCUCAGCAAACAGUACCUGCAGUUCCGACUGUCGGUGAUGCCAGGGAUGACUGGAAGAUUAUUCGGGCUCUAUCUGAGGUGGCAGGUGUACGGCUGCCAUAUGAUACACUUGGGGCCAUCCGAUCCCGGAUUAGGACAGUGGCACCAAACAUUUUGCAAGUAGACGAGAGAGAGCCAGCUACCUUUCCAUCAUCGAUUAAGCCUGAGUCCACUCAGAAGGUGGAUUCGACCCCAUUUGGGACUGCUAUCGAGAAUUUCUAUAUGACUGAUUCGAUCACAAGAGCUUCAAAGAUAAUGGCACAAUGCAGUUCAUUGCUCCUGAAGAAGUGAGGAUGGUUUUAUGUUAUUCGAAUAAAGUCGCAAAUUCACAUUUAUUUCUCCUGUUAUGUUUAUUGGGUUGUUUUGAGGCCCUGUUUGGCCAGAGCUUCUGGCACAUUGGAAGUACUUCCAAUAAAACUACUUUUAGGCUUUUGUUUCACAUUACUUCAAAUGAAAUGUAUUAGGAUUUUUUGUGUACAACUAUUUGCAUUUAUACUUUGGGAUUUU